GCCGAAGCACUUGGGAAAAAAAGAUACGGAGCAACCCCCCUUGUCCCGUCCCCCAGAUUUGCCUCUCUUCCGUUCAACCUUCUUGCAAGCAACCACCACCUCCUCCUCCCAGCAGUCCUUCAACUACCUCUCUCGUCAACGCGACCGACCCUUUCUCGUCCCAAUGUCGUGAUCAGUCGUCGUAAGCGCCAUGGGUCUGACCCCGACACCAGAACACUAUCCGGAUGCCUGACAAGCCUGCCACGGUCGUCGCAUAUGCGGCUGGCGCUUCUCUUGCUGCAAUCGCUGCAUUCUACGUCUUUGCGCCGACCUUCUUCAUCGACGGCGAGAAUUCCUACAAUACCAAUGAUGGCCGCAAACGCACAAUUAUUGGUCUGUCCAACCCGGCCAACGAUUGCUUCAUCAAUUCGGUCCUUCAAGCACUUGCUGGCCUCGGUGACCUCAGGCUCUACCUGAUCAAGGAAUUGCACAGGAGACAGCUUGAAGGACCCGAGAUUUAUGAAUCCAUCCCCCCCGUGCUGCGCAAGGGUGAAAAGGCCGAUAGAAUCGUGGGUUUACAAAAAGGGCCGGUCACGAAAGCGUUGAAGGACAUGCUGGAUGCUUUGAACGAGCGUCCCAUAUACAAGAAAACCAUCAGUGCAAGACCCAUGAUAGAGGCGUUGGAGAGGGCAUUCAAUACACGCAUUAGCCGGAAUCAGCAAGAUGCGCAGGAAUUUCUCCAGAUUGUCCUCGAACGGCUCUGCGACGAAUACCAUGCAGCACAGCGGGCGCGGCUCAGGUUUGCAAACCCAGGUCAGACCGAGGAUCCCUCUACGGCCGAUUCCAAGCCUUCUCAUAUGACUUCAGCAUCAACCGAGGUCACGAUAGGAGCUCGCGAAGGUUUUCCAUUCGAAGGCCGCUUCGAAUCCCAUAUUCAGUGCCAGCGCUGCGGCUUUCGGACAAAACCGACUGUCACAACUUUUGUUUCUCUGACCUUGAAUGUUCCUCAGAAGAGCGCCACUUCUUUAGAUAAUUGCUUCGACAUCCUACUCAAAAGCGAAGAAAUUGACGAUUUUAAAUGCGACAAAUGCCGGCUGACGCAUGCUCUAGAGUGGAAGAAAUCUAAGCUGUCGUCAUCCACGACGGACAAGGACCGAGAAUCUCUGGAGAAAGACAUUGGUCUCAUCGAGCAGGCGCUACGUGAUGAUCCAGAGAAGACCCCCGAGGGUGUCACAUUACCCGACACGAGUCUGGCGCCAAAGAGCAAGAUCAAAAAAUCGACCCGCAUCACAGUGUUCCCCAAAGUGAUCGCUAUUCACCUGUCUCGGUCGGUCUUCGAUCCAGGCAGCUACUCCACCAAAAACAUGGCCAAAGUGUCAUAUACGCAGAGACUGCGUCUGGGAGGGCUGUUAAAUGAACAUUGGUACAAGCUCUUGGGAGUGGUAUGUCACAAAGGCAGUCAUCACAGCGGACACUACGAGUCUUUCCGGAGAAACCAUGUUUACGCUCCCUUCGCCACACCUGAUCCUUUCAGCGCAUACGCUAUCGCAAGUCGCUAUACGAGCUUGGUUUCGUCGGCCACGCCUAGUCCGACGAUGGAGGCCACGCAUGGUGACGGACUCAACGGGUCCGCCGCACCUCCUAAUGGGAACUCGACUACAUCAUUGUCGACAGCCUCUCUAUCGACUGGCAACAGCAGACCAACUUCUAAUGGGGUAGAUGGCAAGGAUUCCCGUCCACCCACGCAAGAAGACAGUGUCAUGUCGCCGGUACAAAGAACGGAUACCCAAAUAUCGAAACAGAUUAGAACACAAGAUCCAAUACCAGGAAAGUUCCGGCGACGGAAAAAAUCCAACGAUCGAUGGUGGCGCAUAUCGGACGACAAAAUCAAGGAGGCACGCCUGUCGGAUGUGCUCUCGAUGCAGCGGGAGGUGUACUUACUCUUCUAUGAGCUCGAACGGCCCGGCGACGAUUCUUCUGCCUGAACCUCUCGCCAUUUGGGAGUAUGCCCACUUCCCGCCAACCUCAGGGACUACUUUAAAACCCUCGUUAAAUCGGACAUUUGGUGCAAUAUGGAAAACGGAAUUUGAUAGAUGUUUGGUUACACGACUUUGGCCCUUUUCAUAUCGCUAGAUCUUGGAUAGAGCGGAGCUGCAAACGUCUGCAUAUAUCCUGGUCAAUAUCGACACAAAGGCUGCAGAUACUGGAGGUUUCACCCAGCUCUGCGGCACUUGGCUCUAGCCAGGGGAACCUUCUCGCUCCAACAAGUCACUGUAGGAUGAACUUACCCCUCUAACGCCGGACUAGUCAAUACCCGUGCUAGAAUGUCGACAAAGUAGGCUGUUCAUCCUGGUCCGUAAGAUAUGGUUCAAUCCUUAGAGUCGCUGCUUGUUGAUCCCUGAGCCUUGGACUGAGGCUCAAAAUAAACUAUUGAAG